CACAACGAAAAACACAACGAAUUCGAUCACGCAAGUAGACAUCAGAUAGAUACAUCGGAUUCCUAUUGCAAAAAAAUCUUCCGUAGCCUAUUAUUUCACUUUCACUCCCUCCCUUUGGCAAACAAUAAUUCUGAAUACUGUGAUGGGAUCGUCGGACGAUGCAGCCCAGUUCGAGGGGGCAACAGACGGAGAACAAGGGCAGACGGGCACACGACAAACAACGGAUUCGAACACCAGAGACCACCAAGCAGAGAAUGGAACCGGCAACGAGUCAAGACCGCCGAAACGGGAAAGUGUUUUGGAUAUGGCGACGAGCAAGGCACUGAGACCUUUUGUCAUUAUCAGUUCAAGCUACCUAUUAUUUACAGUUACCGACGGAGCUAUUCGAAUGAUUGUUUUGCUGCAUGCAUACAACAAAAAUUUCAGUGCGCUUGAAGUAGCCAUUAUGUUCACUCUUUAUGAACUGGCCGGUGUGGUUACAAACCUUGUGAGUCAGAACGGGACAAAAUUCAGCGUUGCCCCAUUUUUCAUCGUCGUUUCAAGCAAACACUGACGUGACGACUGUCUGUAUAUUUUCGUCCGCUUUGUCGUUUAUGAAUGUCUUAUUCUAGGCUGCUGGUCUGUUGGGAGCGAAAUGGGGGAUUAGGUUUACCCUCAUUGCUGGUUUGACACUACAACUCUUUUCAUAUGGUCUACUGUUUGGAUGGCAAGACGAUUGGAGCAAAACGGAAUCCAUCGUCUAUGUAACGUUCGCACAGAUGUGGGCUGGUGUCGCUAAGGAUCUCACGAAGCUCGGUGGGAAGACAGUAACCAAGCUGGUCACUCCAGAGGAACAAAACACAAAAUUAUUCAAGUUGGUAUCUCUAAUAACGGGAUGGAAAAAUUCUCUGAAAGGUGUUGGAUAUUUUCUUGGAAGUGUACUGAUCGGAAUAAGCUAUGAAUUAGCGCUUGGUUUUAUGAUGGGAUUGGUUGUGAUAGCCAUGCCUUGGGCAAUAUUUGGACUGGACAAGAACCUUGGAACAGCAAAAAAAAAGAAUGCGAGCCUCAGCGAAAUCUUUGUCCUCGACAACUUGAAUUUGAAUUGGCUAAGUUUUGCCAGGCUAUUCCUCUUUGCUUCUCGUGACUUUUGGUUCGAAGUUCCGUUGCCGUUCUUCCUUCGCAGUCCAUCGUGCAUCGGGUUGGGUGAGAUGCAAUGUACAGUGGAUGGCGACUGUAUGCAGGGAGCAGUCUGUGUGAGCGAUGGAUUGUGCACCAAUAUCAACACGGGUGGCGGAUGCGGUGGUCUGGGACUUCCACGAGGUGUAGUUGGAGCGUUCUUGGGAGGUUACAUUAUUCUUUACGGACAAGUUCAAUCUUGGACGCCUCAGCUUGUGACAGGACCUCUACAACAGACACCACCGAACAAGCUCACGGAGAUUCUCUGGGGUCUUAUCAAUUGUCUGCCAACCUACGUCAUGUGGUUAGUCAUUACAUUUGGGUCCGUAUUCCAAGAUUACGACAGGGAUGCAAUGACUGCCUGGCUCGUGUCUGUCAUUGUAUCAUUUGCAAUAAUAUUUGCGAUCAAUUCUUCUGUUCAUUCAUUCCUUGUGGUCAAAUACGCCAGCACAGACAAGAUUGCUGUAAGUGUUGGAUUGUACUACAUGAGCAAUGCUGUAGGCAGAUUGUUUGGAACACUUGGAAGUGGUUUCUUAUACACGUACAUAGGGGAAGACUUCGGUGAUCUUGCCGGGAGUGACGCUGUCGCCGGAUUAGCUGCAUGCUUCCUAGCUGGUACAGUGAGCAGUUUGCUCGCGGCCCUGAUCACAUACAAGAUCAAUGAUCAAGACGAGGGUCUCAAGUGUGGAUCCUGUUGGACCAUCCGACAUCCUGAGCUAAACGCUUGUGCUGGUGAUGAACACGGAUCUAUCGAUACCAUAAAAGAGGGUCCAUCGAGCGACAAGAGAGGUGGAAGUUAGACAGCACCUCCACAAAAUAGCUUCCUUUGUACUAAAUUAUACUGUUGGUAUUGAAUAGUGUGCCUCAUGUAUGGCAAAUCAGAAGUGCUAACAAGCUAGUUGUGAUACUGAUCACUGCGAGCCAUGUCGUUACUACAACUAGUAGUGCGAGAUUUGCUACAACAGAUUACUUGUACCAUAUGAGUGCAAUCACCUUCGAGGCAAGGGUAUACUUUAUUGC